GAGUCGCCAACCUUGUUUUGCAAGCAUUACAAGAUUAAAGUCAUGUAAAUGGUAAAAGCUAAUGCCCCGUCUUUGUGAAUCGCCAUCCGAUUCCAAGACAUUCAAAUAGUGCAAGUUAAAAUGAUAGUUGUGAGGGUUUAGUACCAAAUUUUUCUUUGUUUAUAGUCAAAAUCUUAAUUUUACUUUUUUUUUUUGAUUUUAUAAAUUGAAAUAAAAUAAAGUAAAAGAGGAAGUGAGGUGGGUUUCACUUUUUCAAGGGUCUCAUUUCAUAAAGAUUAGAACUUGUUGCUCAAGUUCAAGUCGCUUUUAAAACCACUCCAAGCCGAGGAAGAGUCGCUAGAUCAAGCAAGACGAAGAUGGAGUGCGUAUUCGGAAUGGUUGGGAACGGCUUCGCCGUGGUGGUGGCCGACACAUCGGCGGUGAACAGCAUUCUCGUUCACAAAUCCAACGAGGACAAGAUCAUGGUCCUUGACUCACACAAGCUCGUUGCCGCUAGCGGCGAGUCUGGUGACAGGGUUCAAUUUACUGAGUACAUACAGAAAAACGUAGCUUUGUACCAAUUCCGUAAUGGGAUUCCCCUUACCACUGCUGCCGCUGCUAACUUUACUCGGGGCGAGCUCGCCACCGCUUUACGAAAGAAUCCUUACUCUGUCAACAUCCUUUUAGCUGGAUAUGAUAAGGAGACAGGGCCAUCACUCUAUUACAUCGACUACAUUGCCACACUUCACAAGGUUGAGAAGGGAGCAUUUGGUUAUGGAUCCUACUUUUCACUCUCUAUGAUGGAUAGACAUUUUCACAGUGGCAUGUCAUUGGAAGAAGCGAUUGAUUUGGUCGAUAAAUGCAUUAUGGAGAUUCGAUCUAGGCUGGUUGUUGCACCACCAAAUUUCUUGAUCAAGAUUGUUGACAAAGAUGGAGCAAGACAGUAUGCUUGGCGUGAAUCCAUCAGUGAUACUAGUGUCGUUCCUUCUGUUUGACGUUUUAGUGACUGUUGUUAUCAUCAGACCUUAUUUUCUGUUGUUUUUAUUUUGGGCUUUUAGUUUGUAUAAUCAACAGAGGAACCAUGUCUAGACUUGAUUUCAAUUUCAAAUACCCCAAUAGUAUCAUCUCAGUUGGCAAUGUCACCAGGCCAAGUAUUGUCUCUUGACUCUCUUCUGCCCAAGCCUCUGGUCCUAAGUGAGGAUGUUAGAGCCGGCCAUGUCCACCCUAAUCUGAGACCAGUGGUAACAAGAGAGGACUUAUAUAUUGAUGGUUAUAAUUAAGGGAAAGAUUAAUCAUGUCAAA